CCCGCCAUUGUUGUUUACAUUUGAUACGGGCACAUGCUUGAUACGGUCAAGAUCUGUCGUCUAAAAUAGGACCCUACAAUGCUUGAUUUAACAUUGAUAAACAGCAACCUACAAAUUGAAUGAAUGAAAACACAGUAUUGCUAGCCGAGUUUGUCGACAUUUUAUGAGAAACUUUCAGAAAUGCCAGGCUAUUGCCGAUAUCAUUGUCCCAAGUGAUGUGCAUUGAUCAUUACUUGUUUUUCAAUUCAAAUCUAUAAGAGUAACAGCUGUUUGAUAUCUAAAAAGAAGAAUGUCUCGUCAGUCUUCACGGACAGGUGCUUCGAAAUGGAAGGCUACACGUGCCGACAGGAAGUUGCAGAAAGCAAAGUACAAAUUAGCAGCUGUCGACGGGAUGCGACAAAGACCUCCGCCAGAUCGUGCAGGGUCUGUGAGGGACAAUGUCUCGAUCUACACAACUGGCUCAACAGUUAUGCGAGAACUGUACAACCCACCCAUUGGUUAUGACACAUUGACAAUGCAGCGUUUCCGUGACUACCUGGAGGAGACAGAGCUUGUUGAAUCCUUUCGUAGACUAAUGACCCUGUUACUGGACCGGCCUGAGCUCCCUUAUAAUCCCUAUCCAGGCUUGGUCCAACGCUUCAGACAGAAUGCAGAGGCGUUUCACCUAGACCAAAUUCCAGAAGGAAAAAUUCACCAAAUAUUACACAACAACCUUCAAGAGUCGAUUAUGCAGGAUCUGUUCUUUGUGCGAGGGUAUGACAAUAUUUGGGGACUGUCCAGUAUUCUCCGAGUGAUCAGCCCUCAACAAAUCUCCCGUUAUAAAUGGCUUGUGGACAACAUGACACCGGAGCCGGAGAACCUCUUCUCUGAGCCAGGCUACACUAACCAGGUGACGGUUGCAAUGGUAGGCCCAUGUGUUUUCGAAGGCACAUUUUACCAACAAGUCUCCAACCUUCAGUUGCGAAAGGAGUUCCUUAUCACCGGCGAGGAUGUGAAAAUGGGAGUGUCCAUCUUUGUAAACUCUGUGAUGGCUGAGAUAGACGGUAUGUACACAAAUCCUCGUCACCUGAUCCUCGGAGUCAACCUUCCAUACGGAGACAACGACUCUCCGACAGUCACCCUCAUGGAUUUCUGGGACCCUGACCGCAUACAGCAAGAAAAGGAGACAUUUUUACAAGCUAUGAGUGACACUGUCCUGUCCAACAAGUAUAUCUACAUGGAUGGUAUCUUUCGUGUUGAUCCUGACGUGGCGACCUACACCAGAGGGCAGGUCCAGUUUGGCCUCAACUUCAUCUCACUCUCACUGACAGCUGGUGCAAAUGAAGGGAAUGGAUAUGACAACGACAUCGUGAGCAGUACAAACAAUGAGUCCGGUUUGUCAAGUUUCUGCGAGUAUCCAAUGUCGUCAUUGCAUGAGGGAGUCUUCCUGAACCGGAGCCAUGCCGAGGCCUAUCUGUCCAUCUUCUCGCCCCAGGUCGACCACUUCAAGCAGGCAGAGACUCGUGCCCCAGUUCCCCACGCCACUGCUGGCAAGCGUCGGACUACACCAGGGGGCCAUAGCAUCAGAAGUGGACGCGCUACUGCUCAAAGCCAGACAAACCGCCCCUUUACAGGCAAUCAGGAACAAGAUGUACGCACCGUGCGCCGACACAUACAUGACCGCCUCAGUCAACUUAAUCCACAGAAGAUAAGGAUCGACGGCUUCAAGCUAGGAGAUGAGACAACCUAUGGGCCUUUUGCCUGGCAAAUCACUGCCCCUCUUAAGUCAUACUUACAACAAAAACUGGCGGGCCACCAUAUGCAUGCAGAGCUGUUUGAUUCCUGUUACUGUGUCAUCAUCCUUUUACUCCUGGAAAGAGAUUCCUUUGAGAGGGGACUGGAGGUAGAGAUUUUCCGCCUUUUGCAUGGAACUGCCGGAAGGAUAUAUUAUCUAAUGGAACAAAACAAGAGUCUGCGCUUUUUCCUUAAAGGAUUUGGCAGUACAAAAGAAACAAGUGUAUUGAAAGAACAAAUGGCUAAAUACAGGGAGGCAGUGGUCCACCUUCUGGAUAGCGACUUGAAUGUAAGAAGUGCAGACCAAAUCACUGUUGGUAAGAUUAUUUUGUCUCAGAUUGAUGACUUAAUGCCUGGAUCAGUCAUACCAUUUGGAUCAGGACAUCACAUACAGACGUCCAUGAAGACGUUGAAGAACCUGAACUGGUACUGUCUGACACUACUGAUCCAAGUCGUGGAGGAUUCGCUUCCAAGGGCACCAAUAUUCAAGGAGUUUGUUUUGAAGAUGCAAGUGACAUUUCCAGAGCGUGCGCCACGCCCCAUCACAAGACAUCGUCAGAGAAGUGAUCCUGUGGGAAGUGACAUGGAGACACAGGUAGACCAUGGCAUGGAGAAUGACCACAUCAAAAACCAUGAACGUUAUGUGAUAGAUGUACAAUCAUGUAUGAACAAGGACACAUCAACGUCCAAACAGAUUGCGAGGGAGGCAGUCUUACUGAGGUACCUAGUGGAUACUCAUGUAGAUCUGGUAUGGCAUGACUUCCUGCUAGACAUCGCCACCGGCGAACAUUUCCCCCCGAACCCAUACCCUCUGCUCGUCAGCAUUCUGUGCCAGUGUGCAAUGAGAAUGGACUUAUGUUUUGAGCGGUCAGACACCAUCACUCAGCGAAUGUGGAGUGCUGAGAACAUGCAGCUUGAGGAUCCAGACAAUCAUGUGUAUCAUAUCCCAGGGGUGGAUGGGCACGGUACACCAAGUGCAUUAGCUGUGUUAGAUACUGGAGCCUAUGUGCCUCUCACGGAAACCCUAAAGGUGUUUGAGCAGCAGAGCUAUAUACAGAGGAAGGGGGCCUACAGAGUGGCUAUCUGCAUGGCUAUGUGCGGACCUGGUAUACUAUACGGGAAGAUGCAGCCGUACCUCAAUGAGAUUGAGCUACAUGAGCAUAUUUACAUCCAGGGACCUCCAGGUUGUCAAGGGGAGGCAAUCCAGCUAUUUGCACUAAUAGUGUAUAACCAUUUGAGUGACCUUAUUAAAAAAGAGGAAAUUCCGGUGAUGGGAGCAUACUUUGGGGAUGGUCAGACCCGCUGGACCUGGGCUGAAAUCAUGACAAAGAAAAACGGCUUCAUCAGCGAGUGUGUUGCCAUCUGUUCUAGCAAGGAGACCGUAUUUAUGAAGGCCUAUGUUUUCCUGGACCUCUGGCGCUAUGUGCCUGUGAGAAAAUACUUCCUGUUUCAUUUCCUCACUGAUGACGACGUUGAAGCUGAAGUCUUUUACCCUGACAAUCCGGUGGCAUUUUACCAGUCAAUAUUCCUCUCCCAGGACAGGGCAGCUUUUCAUUAUCAAAAUGGUGGCCCUAAAAAUGGAGGAAGCCCCAUGAAUGGAGCUAAUACACGGACUGCACAUCAGUUUCUCAACAGAAUGCUUGGUGAUGCCAAGCUACACUGUGAUUGGCUGACAGUCCAUCGGGGCCUCCUUCUCAGAAGUCUCCUCAACCAGGACCAGUAUCACAUAGCUGAGGCGUGGCGCAUGUUACACAGUAUGGCCGCCCAGAUAGAGUAUGUCAUCUUUAUGGUAGAGACUCUACAAGAUCUCAUCCAACUCAUGAUGGAGUUCAUAGGUCAUAACCAGGAACGAUUCAGGAACCGUCGACCUCCCCCACCUUCGCAGCAGCCUAGCCGCGCGUCAAAGGGCACCAAGAGGUCAAAGCGUAGCCAGGUGACCCCAGCAACGGCUGCCUCCCUCAGCUCUACAGCAGAAAUAGAGGGCCCUAUCAAUGAGGCGCAGCUGGGACGGAUGACAAUGAUUUUCCAACAGAAGCUUGUUGAUGUAUGCAAGGCACGGAUAAGUAUGGCUGGCUCAGAAUUAGCCAACUUUCUGGAUGCCAAGCUGAAGACGGCCCUUGAGGAAGACCCAUAUAUAGACAACUUCUAUCUGGCAUAUGAGGACCAGACACUCUUCAGAUUGGAGGAGAUAAAACACAUGUUGCGCCUCCUCCAGGAUAGCAUUGCUAAUGAUGUACAUGAGGCUAGUCCAAUUGCCAAAGAAGUGAUGGAGAAGAUUGAAUUACCGGACCUGGAGGAGUUACGUCCAAGCUCUGUAGCAUCCAUGACCUUGAACGACCCAAAUAUGUACCGACGAACCCUUGUACCUCAGUCCAUGAAUACCAUUCUGGAGUGAUUUAAGAUAGUUUCAUUUUUGGCUUAAUUUUCAUCGAGUUGGAAUAUAAUUCCCACCUUUUAAGACCAUAUCCCUGGUAUCCAGUUCUUACAGUGGACAUUAAAGGCAUUUAAUGUCCCAGAAGAUCCUGCAUUCUAGCAACAUGACUUGGAAUGAUGAUCGUUAAUGUGCCUCCCAUUGAACUCUUUACCAGAAUGGAUAAGAAAGUAUUUAUGACAAUGGUGCUAUAUCAAUAUGUAAUGUGUAAGAUAGAAUGGAUGAUCAUGAAUGCUGAAAUCAUUCCAUUAUUAAAAAUCUAAACUGAAAUAUGUAUGGAGACAUCAGUGUCAUGUGGUACAGGAAACAAUUAGCCUUCUGAAUUACUCAUUUCUGUCUCUGGUAUUUGUGUCGGGUCAGUUUCUGAUGUUUCUUUUUUUACUUCUUAUUUUGUCCAUGUGUGCCGCUACUGCAUCUUUCAUGUUUCUUUUCCAUUUUACUUUUAUUUUUACAGAUUAUAUAAGUAUUUUUGAUGCGACACUGAAAAAAGACACGGUCGUCUAGUGGUAGGACGCUGGGCUGGUGACCGAAGGGUUGCGGGUUCGAGUCACAUCACUGUG